CGGCUACUUUGAUCACCGCCGUUUGAGCGAUAAGAAAUUUUAGCACGCUCUUCCAGGAAUCACAGUUGAACGAACGAUGAACUUGAAGUUGAACAUCUUCAGGAAGAAAACCUCGCCCAAAGAUGCUCUUCGUACCAGCAAGCGAGAAAUGGCUGUUGCAACUAGAGGCAUCGAGCGAGAAAUUGCAUCUCUUCAGUUGGAGGAAAGAAAAUUGGUGGCAGAGAUAAAGCAAACUGCCAAAACUGGGAAUGAGGCUGCCACUAGAAUCCUAGCUCGACAGCUUGUUCGCCUACGUCAACAGAUAACUAAUCUGCAAGGGAGUCGUGCCCAAAUUCGAGGUGUAGCUACUCAUACACAGGCACUAUAUGCUAGCACUUCAAUCUCUACUGGAAUGAAGGGUGCAACAAAGGCAAUGGUUGCAAUGAACAAGCAAAUGGCACCGGCUAAGCAGGCUAAAGUGAUUAAGGAGUUUCAGAAGCAGUCAGCACAGUUGGACACGACGAUUGAAAUGAUGUCAGAGUCUAUAGAUGAAACUUUAGAUAAGGAUGAGGCAGAAGAGGAAACGGAGGAGCUUACGAAUCAGGUGCUUGAUGAGAUUGGCGUUGAUAUUGCAUCCCAGUUAUCUUCUGCUCCCAAAGGCCGGAUUGCAGCAAGAAAGACAGAAAAUACAGUAACCAGCUCCGAAUCUCCUGACGUUGAGGACCUUGAAAAGAGGCUGGCCUCUCUUCGACGAAUCUGAACUAGAUCGAAUUCCACAAAGCUAUGAGAAUUACAAAUACAUCAGUUUUAUUACAUGUAAAGUCAAAUAAUAUUGUUGGUUUGGUUAGCACAUUUAUGUGAAUCAUAUUCCCUUUUAUUAACAUUAAUUAUUAGUGAAAUGUAUAUUUGUUGUGGGACUUAGAAGCUUGAUUAUAUAACUUAUAUUAUAUAUGUAAUAGACAGAGCUUUUUAAUAACCAUCCCUUGCUAAGUAGCAUGUCUUUAUACAAGCCAACCUUAAUUCCUCAA